AUGACGACGUCGCUUACAGAACUCGAUGAUGAUGCGGUGCGCAGCAUGUCAAUUGGAGCCGUUUUCUCUGAAUUUAUAAAUUCAAUUGAUUUUCAUCGAAAAGAUGAUUUGUUAGUUACAGCUAGCGAGGAUGAUUCGGUUCGCCUUUACGACAUUGCAAGUGCCAAAUUGCUAAAGACUACGUAUCACAAGAAACAUGGUGCAGAUCGAAUAUGUUUCACGCACCACCCUAGCUCGGUUAUUUGUUCCUCAACAUACAAUUUAGAUUCUACUGGGGAAUCAUUACGUUAUCUAUCAAUGUAUGAUAAUCGGUGUCUUCGCUACUUCAAAGGGCAUAAAGAGAGGGUUGUUUCCCUCUGCAUGUCUCCAAUCAAUGAUAGCUUCAUGUCUGGCUCUCUUGACCAUAGCGUUAGAAUAUGGGAUCUUCGUGUAAAUGCCUGCCAGGGAAUUUUGCGUUUACGUGGUAGACCCACAGUUGCAUAUGACCAACAAGGUCUUGUCUUUGCUGUGGCAAUGGAAGGGGGCGCUAUUAAGCUGUUUGAUUCACGGUCCUAUGACAAGGGUCCCUUUGACACCUUUUUAGUUGGUGGAGAUACAGCCGAGGUUUGUGAUAUUAAAUUCAGCAAUGAUGGCAAAUCAAUGCUAUUGACAACCACAAGUAACAACAUCUAUGUUCUUGAUGCAUAUGGUGGAGAAAAGCAAUGUGGGUUCAGUUUGGAACCAUCUCCCAAUACAAAAAUAGAGGCAACUUUUACCCCAGAUGGCCAAUAUGUGGUAUCAGGCUCAGGAGAUGGAACCUUGCAUGCCUGGAACAUCAACAUGCGAAAUGAGGUAUCAUGCUGGAACAGUCACAUAGGCAUUGCAUCAUGCUUGAAAUGGGCUCCUCGUCGUGCCAUGUUUGUUGCUGCAUCUACAGUUCUCACAUUUUGGAUACCCAACGACUCAAAAUCAACUGGCGAGCAUCGUCCCAUGGACACCGAAGGUGCAGCUCCAUCUGAACAUACAUCUCAAAAAUGA